UGUGCUGAGAGCAAAAUCUAAGUCAUUAUUUUGCGAAACUAUUUCUCUCUCUUCCUGUUCUUUAAUAUAAGUCUUCUUUUUAUAUACUGAAAGCCAAUAUACAAUUUUAAGUGAGUGCAACUGUUUACAAACAAAACCGGUGUGUUGAAAGCCAUGCUGCCAGCAUCAUGGAAGGCCCGCAUCAUCACCUGGCUAGAAGAGCACAGAGAGCUAGUAGUCCUUGUCUUCUGCCUGCCAGCUAGUUUCCUCUUCAGUCUAUUUCUGAAGAUAAAAGCAGCAACUCGUCGCUUCACCACCGGCAGUCAUGAGGAAAGGGUCCGUGAGAUACAGCGACAGGUGCAAGCAUGGAACAAACUGGACAAAGACAACCGUCGCCUGCUGUGUACAGCGCGACCAAACUGGCUGUCGCUGUCCACAACAUUCUUCCAGAAACAUCUGCACCAUCGGGUCCCGAUCCCCUUAUACGACAUCUUGGAGCUCGACGAAGCCAACAUGACGGUCCGCGUGGAGCCGAUGGUCACCAUCGGUGAUAUCACCAAGUUCCUCAUCCCUAGAGGAUACUCUUUAGCUGUCACCAUUGAGUUAGACGACGCUACUUUAGGAGGUCUGGCCUUCGGCACCGGCAUGUCAACUCACUCGCACAAAGCCGGCCUGUACCACGAGACCAUCACCAGCUACGAAGUGGUUAUCGCUGACGGUUCCGUGGUAACGGCCACGGCUACCGAACACAAGGAACUGUUCCAAGCGUUACCUUGGUCGCAUGGAAGUCUAGGCUUUCUAGUCGCUUUAACCUUGAGAAUCGUUAAAAUCAAACCGUAUAUAAAGAUUAAAUAUAUCCCAGUAAAAGGACAAACUAACUACUGUAAUAUGAUAAGAGAAUUAUCAGGGACGUAUGAAGCUAAACCUAAAGUAUUCCCAGAUUAUAUCGAAGGCACGAUUUUCAGUAAGGACGAAGCUGUGAUCAUGACGGGAGAUUAUUCUGACUAUGACCCGAAUGUACCAGUUAAUGAGUGCUCCAAAUGGUACAAACCCUGGUUUUAUAAGCACGUUGAAAGCUUUUUGAAGAAAGGUGAAUCUGAAGAGCUUAUACCUUUAAGAGAUUAUUUGCUAAGGCACAACAGAGCUAUAUUCUGGGUGGUUGAAGAUAUGCUUUCUUUCGGUAACAAUUUUGUAUUUAGAACUCUAUUCGGUUGGUUGUUACCGCCUAAGCCAGCGUUUUUAAAAUUCACUACAACACCUGGCGUGCGGGAAUAUACUUUUACUAAGCAAGUUUUUCAAGAUAUAGUGCUUCCUAUUAAAGAAUUGGAGAAACAAGUAGAAAUAGCGACGGAGUUAUUUGACAAGUAUCCUUUGUUAGUGUAUCCAAGUAAAGUGAUAGACCAUGGGCCGUCUUCUGGGCAGCUAAAGAGACCAGAUCCUAAAUAUAUGGUGCCAGGGACGGAUUAUGCAAUGUAUAAUGAUUUAGGUGUAUAUGGAGUGCCAGGAAAAGUUAAAGAGAAGAAGAAUUACAAUCCUGUGGAUGCUAUGAGGAAGAUGGAGAAAUUUACUAGAGAUGUUGGGGGUUUCUCUUUUUUGUAUGCGGAUAUAUUUAUGACUAGAGAGGAGUUUGAAGAGAUGUUCGAUUUGACGUUGUAUGAAAAAGUUAGGAAAGAAUAUGGGGCGGAAGGCGCCUUUCCACAUUUAUACGAUAAAGUGAAGCCUGAGUUGGAUGUGUUCGCUAUUGGAGAAGAGAACGCAAUUGGAGAAGAGAAAUCAAAGUAGAAUUUGCAAUUAAAUAUGCGAUAUUUUAAGCCAUACCUAACUGUUAUGUAUUACCUAUAAUAUGUCAACGCAUCGUACUGUCGUUAUUUUAAUAAUUGAAAUAAAAAUGAUUGUAACAAACA